UCCUCGCUUACCGUGUGGUCGUGUGCGCUUCGUGCGGCGAAUGCUUUUACAUCAAAUACAUCAUAUAAGGUACUCGGGGAACUCGCUUUUGGCGGGUUUUCGCACGGACGUGAGCGGUGAUCGUGAUGCGCUUUGCAUUCGGACACGGAAUGCGUGCGUGUUGUCAGUGCGCUCCGCCUCUUAGUGUGUUUGUGCGGCGUCACAGUGAAAUCUGUGGCGAGGACCACCAGUGAUCUCUUGGAUUGCAGUGUUGGAUCGGAGGAUUGACUUUGAGACGCGACUACAUCAGCUUUUUUGCUAAACUGUCGGUGUGCGUUAGUGGAUGAAACUUUUAUUCAAAUAUGUUCGUUCGUGGUGUUGGUUAAUAAAUAAUAUUGUGCUGUGUUGUGUGAAACAGUGAUAUAUUGAAAACAAUCAGUAUUGAUAAGAGUGAGCCCGCCAUUGCUGGUAUGCAUAUGUGUUAUGAAAGGCCUGGCCUGGUCACCGCCCUGAACGGAAGUGUUGGGUACGACAAGUGGGACCGGGACAGGGGCGGGGGGAGCGGCGGCGGCGGGGGCGCGCCGGCCGCCUGGCCCGGCCGCGACCGCGAGCGCGAUCGAGAGCGCGAGCGGAAGGCGCGCGCGCACCAAAUGUCGCAAGCGCACGCCGCCGAGCCCGACGCAUCGUCGCUCUUCCCGGCGCCGUUCAGGGUUACAGGCAACAGGGAUCGCGUGAGCCAGCAGAUACAGACCAAGCUUGGCGACUACCACCUCGCGCAGUGGUUCAUCGAUGACCCCAGUAAAUCUAUUGGGAUCUGUGCUGAACCUCCCAGUCCUGCACCAUGUCUACCAUCACGGCGAGAGAGCGAGUUCAAGAAGCCAUCUCACGCCCCCCAGAACGGCGUCCGCCAUCACCGCCCCCAUAUCCCACACAGCAAGAGCGAUGGUUCCGGUUCGACGGGAGCCCCACACAGGCCGCCCCCCAUAAGGAUACCCAACGGUAUCCAGUCACAGAAUGCGAUCGACAGCAGUCAACCGCCAAUAGAAAGUAUUUUAAAGGAGAUGAAGUCUCUGCCGACGCCGUUGUCUGUGAUAGCUGCGACGCCAAGAAAGGAAUUGGAGAACAAAUUCAUCUUCAACCCCUACACUAAUAAGGUCCAAGAGAACCCUCAGUUGGCCGCCAACGAUCUCAAAGCACCCCUACCCAAACCCGGUUUAGACAAUCGGAUAUCGAACUCAAGGAGUUCAGUCUCACCUGAUGUGGUGAACAAGGACCUCGGUUUGUCGGAGAGCGACGAUGAGGUCAACGCCGUGAUUGGACCGCCUAUAUCACCAAUCGGAUCGGCGACACCAAGCUCGGGUAGUUCAUCACCGUCUGAGGAUUCAGAAUCAGAGUCCUCGUCCGCGGAGUCGACGGCCCCUGCACCAGCGCCGACGGCGGCCGCCCCGGCCCCCGCCCCGGCCGCCGCGGCUCCUGCGCCCACGCAGCGCUCAUCCUGGGGCCUCUCCAACUUCGCUCCCCCUCCCGCGCAUCCUCCAGACCAGACCUAUGACUCGGGAAAAGAUGUCAGACACGCCCUUGCCGAUAUCAAAGGGAAACCGAGUCCGAUUUCUGAGAUGUCGGAUUCCGAGGCGUCGUCGCCGUCCCCGGAUAUUAGACGGAGGCGGUCCAGAGUGUCGGCCGCGUCCAGCGAUGAAGACACGCCUAGGCAUACGACAUCUCCACGCGUGAAAAUGUCGGAGUCGUCAGCGCCGACGGGUGCGGUGAAACGAGGCCGGCCGCCCAAGGCGCGGGCGUCGGAGGAGCGGCCGCUGAAGAAGCCCCGCGGCCGCGGCCGGCCCCGCAAGCCCAAGCCCCCCGCCCCGCUCCACGACAGUGACGUGGAGCCCGACCCACCGCCACACCACCAUCCCCUACAAGACACCAAGACGCACAUCUUUCGCAAAGUUUUUACACCAAAAAAGAGCGACGAGUGCGGCGGCAAGGGAGGUAAAGGCGGCAAAGGCAAGGGCGGUAAGGGCAAGGGCCAGGUCACCAUCAUCGAGGUCACCGCGCCCGACGCAGACGACGAGGAGCGCCGCAACCACGAGGCACUCGCCCGACUGUCGCCGCCGCACGACGCCAGGCGACACGACGACCGACACGACCGACACCGUCGCCGCUCCGCCGACCGACUCGACCGACCUGCCAACGACAGAAUACCCAUCGACCGACCCCCCAGCGAUCGAACGAUGGACCGGAUACCCGACCGGACCUCCUACGAGAGAAUACCCUCCGAUCGAAUCGUCAACGAUCGGAUACCGACUGAACGCACCUCCAACGAUCGGAUACCCGAUCGACCGGUCGAUCGGAUAUCGACAGAGCGAACUCCGACCGACCGCGCUUCGGACCGAUCGUCAUCUGCCAGCGAACGGUUAUCGGUGGAUCGGUUAUCCGGCGGACUGUCGUCAGAUCGGCUCGCGGAUCGGCGGUCGUCAGAGCGAGUGCCGAGCGACAAGAUGUCCAUCGACCGCCUCCCGACCGACAGGGUCGCCCUCGACCGACUGUCGGGGGACCGGCCCCACGACAGGAUAUCUGCCGACAAGCUCUCACACGACCGACUGGCCGACACCAAGGGUAGGUUGGGGGACAGCAAGCUGGGGCUGGACCGGCUGGACAGCAAGUUGCUGGACAAGUCGCUCGACAAAUCGCUGGACAAGUCGCUGGAACGUGUGGAGCGCCUGGAGAGGGCGCAGCCCGAGCGAUACGUGCGCGCGGAGGCCGACGUUGGCUCCGGGCUCAAGUCUAACAGGGGGGAGGAUAGACUCGAGGACGCGACUUCCAAUGGUCGGUCCCGGCCCCGCCUGCUGGUCCGCCUGUCCCUGUCCCGGCUGCGGCCGGACACGCUGCGCGCGCUGCAGCGGCCGGCGCGGCGCGCGCCCGUCAAGCGGCCGCACUCUCCUCUACCCGAGCAGGGUGGCGAGGUGGCGGCGACAAACCACGAGCGGACAGAAACGUACCCGGGACAGACUCCCAUAUACUUCUCAUACUUCGAGAGACUGCCUGCCGACGCACUGUCCGACGAGGAGAGGGAUCAUAAGUACUACCUAGAAGAAGCAACGCGUCUCCGCGCGGCCGCCGAGAAGGAACAAGAACCUCUACCGCGCGUCAUGCGUUACCUAGAGUCGGUACUAUGCUUCGUUCUGACCGGGCGAGUGCUGGAGCUAGAGCUCGACACUAAAGGAGCCUUCACCAUCUACCGAGAGACCAUCGAGUACAUCAAGAGUAUACACUCCAUGCCACAACGCUUCCGUGCCAGUCCGCACGAUACCUUCAACAAACUGGAUAUACUAAGUCUCCGAGUCCAAGCUCUCCUGUACCUGCGCAUGUUCAAGAUGUACAAUCGCGAAGUGAAGGAGUACAACAAGAUAGUCCACGAGUACCAACAGAAGGUACGUGCAGAUCCGGCGCUAGCGGAGUCUGUAUCCCCGCUAUCCCCGACCCCGUCCCCCGCGGGGUCGGUGGGGUCCGUGGGGUCUGGGUCUGCAUCGUCCGGGUAUUGUUCCCUGGCCCACUCGGUCCCUGCGCACGCGCACCAAGCGUUGUUGCUCCUCAACAAGUACUACGCCUUCCUGUACGUCGCGCACGACCUCUGGGAACAAGCUGAUUCCUUGUGUCGUCUCAGGGCUAAUAGAGAUCUGUUCAUAGCCGUGGACCGCAAGUGCGGGCCGCUGUCGCUGUCGUCGACGUUCCGCCACCUCGUGCAGUACGUGCGCCACGCCAUCUCGCUGCUGAAGCUGGCGCCGCGGGACUGACGCCGCGCCGCCCGCCACUGGUAACCAGACCCUAUCUCCGACGCAUAAGCACCAAAAUCCAACACACUGUGACACGCAAAACUACCUAUAAAGCACUCCUUUAUACGUAGUCUUGCAUUACAUUUAAGAUUGUCAAAACAAAUUGUUAGUAUGUGUUAGUAAACUGCACUCGUGAUUUGGGCAGUUCUGAUUUAAUAAACAUAUCCUUAAUUGAAUGAUAAUGGAUAUUUUCUGAAGUGCGUUUACUAAUACAGACAUUUUGUCACAGUAUGUGUGUUCGUAGCGAUCUGUAUGUGCUAUUGUAGUUAGGUAACUUUGGAUGAUUGAGUGCAUGCGCAUCGCUACGGUACUAGUUCGGUGCUCGCAUUUACUUGGAGAUACUGGGCCGCACCAGUCGGCGAGAUGUAUGAUAAACUCAGCAAUAUUUACCGAAGAGAUGAUGGUAACAUUACCUACAUUGAAACUAUCCCUGUAUAUGAAACCGGUUCCGAUGCAUCGGUUACCUCGCAGCGAGCCACGAGAAUGCGAGAGUAACGCGGACAGAUCCGCUGUGUCACUCGACAAUAUCACUCAACUCAAGUCUUCGCAUUUCGUUCUCUUCCCAAAUCGAUGACCAAAAACAAAAUGUAAAAAUUUGUAAGAAAAUUGUAAAUAAGGCAUCGUUGCGUAGCAACGGGCGAGCGAGUCCGAUUUGAUUACCGACUCUGUAUCAUAAGUGAUAGACUAAUCAUAUCUUAAGUGUUUUGCGUUGUAGUUUUACUUCCCUACCAAUGGAAACGUUUUACUGUCGGGAACACAUAUACGAAUUGCUCGUUUGUUAGUGUAAUGGGAGCUAUACGACAAAAAUAAUUUUUUGAUCGCAUGUGGGCCAAUCGAGUAUAUUAAUAUAACUCAACAUGUAUGGGAUCACUUGUAGGUCUUCGCAAUAAUUUACAGAUUUAUACUUUCGCAAUGUUCAUUUACGCGAGUGACGUGCGUGUCAUUUGUUUUAUAAUUUAGUUUAGAUGUAUAAUUGUAGUGCAACGACUUUAGUAUCGGGGCGAUCUCCAACACAUUCGGGAACUAUACAGAGCUGCGCGGCGGGAGACAUGGCGGACGGUGGAUAGGCGGAUACAACACCAACUAGCUUAGAUUAUUGAUUAUUACGAUAUUUUAAAAGAACGUUGAAUAAGGUGCAAUAUGCAAUAUCGACGCACGAAACUAAAUUGACUGUGACUAGGCAAUGAAGUGAUAUUUCAUCUACCUCAUGAAAUAAGGUCGCUACUUAACAUAGAGUCCGCUCUAUACGUGUAUUCACUAUGCUUCCGCACUACGAGACUUCCAAACGGCACGACACACAAUGACUUACACUUGUAAUAUGAGAAUGAAUUGAACGAUAUCUUAAUGAAAUUGAUCCGAUUGGCUGAAUUCCAAGUCAUUGUUAGGAACUUUGAUAGUUAUACUUUAUACUGGCAUUCAUGGACUCAUGAAGCCAAAAUUAUCGUUGUGAAAAUUAAAGACGCUAGCUGCAGUUUUAAGGAAUUAAGUUAAAUUAAUUUAGAUGAUGUAACACGCCCGCCAUGGCUCAGCGCCGCGCAGAGAGCGAACAAUCCGCCGGGACACAGGUUCCCAGUAACACACGUCAUAGGUAACAGAAUACUUACUGAACAAUGAUUGAGCAAAACCCUGUUUAUGAUCAUGUCUUAAUAUAAACAUUUUUUCGUAUACAUAUCAAAUAAUUUGGGGACAAAUCAGGUAGUUUCAUUAUGAAUGUAAUCAAUGGCGAUCUAUAUAAUUUUGUACGCUUAGAAAUGGUAAAGUACGCGAUCAAGACAGUCGUUGGUCUCUGAUCAUCGCAUUAUACACAUUAUUUGGAGUGACAAUAAUACUCUGCUAGGGGAGCUAGAUUCGUUUAUAUGUAAAGUCCACUGCCCUUCGGAACGCGACGCAACGCGAGUUCGUCGAGUGCAAUCCUGAACAAAUCAAAAUGAAUAUUCCUUUCGUUUUAUAAUAAAAAAAGUUCAAAAUAUAUUUUAAUGAAUACUUUUGAAGAGUACAAUAUAUGCUUGACAUGAACAGAUUUGACUCUGCAACAAAGUGUCCGUAACACCAAUAUAUUAUAUAUUCCUCUCGGUUGUUUAUCAAAUUUAUGUUGUGAUUGUAUAUACAUAAUAUUAUUAUAUUAUACAUUUUGUAAUGAAUAUACAUGUUAGUGCCAGAUAGGUUUUUGUAUGAACGUUUAUAGUAAGAGAGGUGAGGGGGCGAUCCGCCGGCUACAUGUCUUAAGGAGCGACUAGAGAUGCCUUGUACAUAGUAUAAUGUAAGAAAUGUGUAGUUUUCACUCUAUAUUUUAAUUUAUAUGUAAACUAUAUUUAUAGCUAAGCGGACAAGGAGAAAUUAACAUAAUAAUGUUUGUAUAAUGGUGCGUGUUUCGAUGUGAGGCCUGGCGUGAGAGUGGACUACGAGUGUACGUGAGCUUGCAGCGUUCACUUCUAGUGUUUGUACAUUGUACAUUGUGCACUGUACAUUGUACACUGUACAUUGUACACUGUACAUUGUGCACUGUACACUGUACACUGUACAUUGUACACUGUACACUGUACAUUGUACGUUGUAGGUUAGUGGGAGCGGUCGGCGAGUCUCGCGGCACGUUACCAGCUAGUUACCGCACUGGGCCACUACCAGCGCAUACUUCAAUACUUAACGUCCGUCCGUACGUUCACUCGCUCAGUGACUACAUAAACACUGGUCAGCAAACGCAGUGCUCCACAAAGCAAUAAAUACUUAAACUCAAGAGCACCGCCAACUGAAGUGCCUCUACUGUCCACGCAUAGACAUACAUCACACAAAUAGUGCCGGGAAUAUUUCCAAACAAAGAUAAAGUAAGUUUUAUAGCAAUUCUUCAAAAUCGAGACUAUAUUCUGUGUGUUCAAAUAUGCCAAGUGAAAUUGUCACUUGUUGUCGGGAGUCGAAUUGAUAUGUUUUGGACAGUUCUGGUACAUUUAUGACCAGUGUCGUGUGGACACAGACUAGUGUUGAACGUACAGGAUGUAUUUAUUUAACGUAACGUUUAUUUCGUUCGUGUUAAUUCGAAAUAUUCGCAGCAACAUUAACAUAGUCUCGUCACCGUCGGUACUUACACCCGCACAAAUGUUUUAAUUUAAAUUUUAGUUGAUUAUUUAAUUUAUUGUGGCAUUGUAUUACUUUUAAUUUUACUGCACAUGAUGCGAAGUUUACUUAAAUUGUAGAAGUUAUUGCGAGGCGUUAUAUCAAAGAUCUGGCAAUGUCGAGUCGAGCGACUUCACGCGUGACGUCGCCUCGGCUUGUCGACUCGUGGUAAUUGCAAACAUUGCUUUUUAUUUAUUAUUUUCAAUCAAAAUCAUAAAUUUCAUCUCGUAAGGGAACUCGCGUAUAUGUACUUGGUUUUUGUUAAUCGUUAUAGUUCGUAAUGAGUUAUAAUACAAUUAUUAUUAUUAUUUUUGUUUUGUUGCUUAUUUUUUGUGGUUAAGCUAUUAUUUUGGCCUUAAUAUUAAAAGUAUCACAAAAUUACCAUUGACAAAAGAACUGUGAUCAAUAUUUUACUUACAAAUCCACAAGUUUUAAUCUUAAAUGAAGAAUCGAUUACUUAAUCUCCCCACUUUUGAUGUUGUUGAAGUUGUUUAGGUCGGAGUGACCUAUAGAGUGCGCCACUAGCGGACUGGCUUACUUAUUAAGUUGUCUAAGUCCCCCCCCCCCUGUAGUGUCAAUGGAUUACUUAAUUACAUUAGUUCUUCCCCCGUACCUACGGGUACCAUAUUCUGACCACCUUGAGGUACAUCCUAAAUCUCAAAUGAGCCUAAAAUUGAAACCAAAUUGACAAUUAAUAUACUAAGAUGAUGAACAAGUGAGCGCUGGUUAGGAAGCAUUAGGCGAUUGUUUUAGGAAAUUGUAAAAUACUGUUUUCUUUUUUAAUAGCAUCUUGUGUUGAUAGCAUGUAUAAUUUGUUUUUUUUUUUUAUUCGCGUUAAGAAUUAUGUAUAAAUUUGUUUUCCUUUAAUUUUAUUAUUUGUGUAACUAUACCUUAUGUUAUUGAUAAUAGAAUACAUUAAUUUUAUGUAUCGAUUUAUAUUUGUUUCUUUAUUUUACCUUUUUCCUUUUGGUUGAGCAUGUGUGUGUGGCUAGCAGACUCGAUAGUCAGUCAGUCAGUCAGUAGUGCGUGGGCGGGUAGUGGAUGCGAGAGAGUCGGACGCUUUAGUUAAGUCAUAGUGUAAUACAAAAUGCCUUUCGUCAAUUUUGCCAUUUCGAGACACCAUGUCGCCGCAGUCGCGCGGCCCUACAAGCUAUUGCAAUAAUAUCGUUCAGCGCAGAUGUGAUCGUCAGUAAUGCCUUAUAGCAAGUGUCUUUCAGCUGCAGAUUUUAGAGUAAUUUUGAAGCAGUAUAUACAGUAUGUACCGCGGGCCCGGUGCAGCGCGGCAGUAAGUCAAUCUAUGUGAGACGGACGCGCUUUACAUUAGACCUAGAAUAUAACUCGCGACUGUACAUAAGUAGGAUAUAAUACGAGGUACCUGUAUACACCGCAACACCAAUACCUACUUAUUGCAGAUAUAUUUAUACAUCAAAAUAUCAUAUUUAUACAUCGGCUUCUACACUAUAUUUUAAUAAAUAGUCAAUGUUUUGUUGAUCGGUUAUAACGUAAUUAUAAAUAAGAUUUAAUACAUAAUGUUGGUGUUAGAUUACCUAGGUUAACGAUACAAAGUACAAUGGUAUGUAGUUACUGAAAUAUAAUGAAAAGCAAUAAUAUUUUAGUCGAGUGACUGGAGGCGGCGGCUUCCAGGCUGUUAAAGGCCAGGAGACAUGCGCUAGCAUACGCUUCCACUACUGAGCAAGCGUUAAAGGAGUGGUACAAAUAAUGGAGAUAUAAAGGAUUGCGUAAAUGUCUUGUUAAACUGCCUACAACUGUCGCCGCUGUACCGCGCCCGAGGUACGAACACAGUUUGCAGAGUAUAUCAAUUAUAAAGCUAAUAUAUGAGUAUAUUUGUACGUUAGUCUGUGUGUCGUCGUUAGAUUCGUGUUGGACCGCUGCAAGCUCCUCGCUGCGGGCCGCGAGCCGGCCCUAGCAACGCGCUUUGUAUACGAUAGAUGUAAUAGUUUUGCGAUACAUAUGUUUAUGCAGCGAUCACCUGAUCAGUUAGAUAAUUCAUUCAUAGUACUUUCACUUAUAUUUAUAGUUGACGUUAAUGCUUUAGAGUAGGUUAUAAUCGACAUUGUGCUUUACUAAGAGGCUAGUAAGGUUCAUAUUAGUAAUUACACAGUUGUGUUCAUACUUUGCAGGAACAAAACACACAAGUUUAUAUGAUGGUCAAAUAUUACUAACUGUUGUUAGUCUAACCAUAAAAUUACAACACAACAUUUAAACAUACUUAUUAUAUACUUGAAAAUGAAUUGCAAACAGUACAUUGAUGAGAUGUAGUAGAUAAAUGUGUUCAAUACAGCAAUAUAAAGCAGUUAUUAAAUUCGGCAAAUAUUAUAAAGUUGUCUAAGAACUUAAUAUUAUUAUUAAUUAUAUGUUAUAUAGAGCAAAUAUUGUUAUUAUUACAUUAUAUAUUAUGUUAUUACCCUUAGCCGGUUGUGGAGCGGAGAUAAAAAGCAAUCCAUGUAAUAUAAGAAUUCUAUGGAAUCUGUAUAAGACUAUGACCACAACCUAGUCGGGUAAAGACUAAGAAAAAGAUAAAUAAUGCCAUUGUUUUUAUUGUUAUUCUAUAGCCACUUAGAAAAGCACAAUGUCUCAGUUACUAAGACAUCACAUCACAUUAAAAUAUGCUUAAUUAAAUAUUUCGGGAAAAUAAAAGAAAGAGUGCCUAAUAAAAUAGGUAUCGAUAUCGAUUAACAAUUACGUUAAACAAGCCACGGAAAAGUCGAUAAAAGUUUUAUCGAUAAGUUACAAGUCGCAUCCUUAUUGGUUAUUUUAGUUACAAUUUCUUGUUUAUUUAUGAUUUAAGUAGAAAAAAUGUUUGUUCGUUGAUAUCAACUAUAGGUAUAGGUUUGAGACAGGCGAAUCCAUUGCAAAUCUUCAAUUAAUUCCAUGAAAUUAAUGUUUGUGAAAUUUUGUGAAAAGAAACUUAGUUGUUAUGAAGCCAAUAAUUUAAUUUCGCUGUUUAUCCGACUUCUUUAUAAAUAAACAAUAAUUUCAUUUUAGUUAUACAAUUAUUUGUCAUAUUAAAUUAACACCAAUAGAAAUAACACCAACAUGGCUAUAGCUAUAAUGAAAUUAUUUGUGAUUUAUGAAUGAAUAUAUCACAGUAUAUUUUUGUUUAAGUUCUGUACUCAAGUAGUGGUUCCGUAAUCAACAAGAGCUUAAUCAAAGCAAGCGAAACAUUACCUUAGUAAAAUAUUUAAAGUAUUGCCUGUUAACAAUAUUAUAGUUACUGUUAUCAUUGCUAUACCUAAUUAGAAGUUUAUUGUAAUCAUUCAUUUACCAACAACAAAUUAAUAUAGAUGUUACAUUAAGAUAGUUGACACUGCAACCCUGCAAUUUUAUACACCAAGCAAUUAUACUAUAAGUUACCGUAAGCAAGCCAUUAAAACACAAACGUUGUAUAUUCUAAACUAUCGACGGAAUUCUAAAUUGAAUGUCGUAUAUAGUAACGAAUUGUAUGUACUCGCACAUUGAAUAUUUUUGCAGUGAUUUUGAUACGACGACCUGUAUUGAGGAGUACCUUCACAACACUCCCAGCCUUGGUGUGAGAGGGGAAUUGAAUUCGUUUAUUUUAGAUUUAAAUAUGUAAAGUUCAAAUGGGAAAUUUAAAUUGUGCCUUAGUGACAAAUCGUUUAGCCUCCAAUUUCGUUUGGAAUCUCUCGAGAGACGUGGUUAAGAGAUAUGUUGUUUUUCAUCAGUGUCGAUCGGAAUCAAAUACGUUCUGAUACUCACUGCACUGUACAGUACUCGCACUAUGUAAAUGCUAUACAGUGGUUUACUGAAAACCCCUUCCGGAGUUAUAGUUGAACUAAAUUAAUGCAAUAAUAUUUAAACAAUAUUUUUGUUUUAUUGGAUGUUGUGAUUGAUUAUAUUUACAAUUAUAUAUUAUACGUAGAGCAGUAUGUAUAUGUCGUAGCAAUAACUUUAAGUGUGGCAAUAAGAUAUAGUGCAUUUGCUUUUGUGUCUCGAGUAAAUAAAUGAAACGAUGUAUAUGCAUAGAGUACUCAGUGGCGACUAGUCGAGCCGGCGCUGUACACUGCUUACAUCAUCAUGUACGUACAAUAAGUUCAAAUUCUUGACGUUUUAAAAAUAUAUUUAUAUUUUAUAAUGUAUUAUCUCUCAAGUGAAAGUAAUUAGUUACGUAGUGAAUCGAAUGUAUGGAGUAUUGUGUGUCCGGUCAAUGUUCGUUACGUUCAAGCGCAGCGCGGCUAGCCGCAGCGCUCCCGCAGCGUGGACGCUCCGAGGACGCCGCGUGAGCGCUGCAGCUACGCGGCGCGCCAUGUUGAACCUACUUUCUAUACGAGUCUGUCGCUUACAUCGCACGUUUCCUCUCACUGUCCUCUCUCUUGUGUUACUACAUGUCCGAGACAAAUUAUUAGCGUAAGUCAAAGUGCCAAGAGUCGCGAAUCCUUUCCUAAGUCCAAUUCCUUCUCAAUUACUCUGUACCUACCCGUAUAUGUAUGUACGUCAGUUAGUUCACGCACACACGACGGACGUGUCGUCUCGCUUAGCCAAACUUGUCUAUUACUACGGGAUACUUUUAAUUAGAAACAAUUUUAUUAUUGUAACGUUCGAGCUUUAGCAAAGUUGCGUGUGUCUACAAACUGUUGAACGUGUCGUUAUGUUUGUAUUGUUUAAUAUUUCCUUCUCUCACUUCCUUCCACCAUUUUGAAAGUGUCCCGCAAGUCAAAGUGAGAAAAUAAUAGUGUAUAAAUUAACGAAUCCCAUAACGUUUAACUUAACGAUACUAGCAGCUAAUGUUAAUGAUAUUCUAAAUUAUGUUUUGUAGUGGAUGUUUUAUUCUCGAUAUGAUAGCGUAAAGUACGGAGGUGGUCUUCGUAUGUUAACAAAUAUUAGAGCAAAUGUAAGUGGCGACCUCUCGCGGUGGAUUCGUGGGGAUGUGAUAGGUAGCGAAUCGGUCGCGAGGGUUCGAAGCCGGGGCGGUGCCUGCGCCACGCCUCAAUCCCGGGACAGGGCGGGGAGCAGCGCACCGCGCUAGUAAACCGACGUCGGGCCUUCGCUGUAACACACAUAGCGGCACGAGCCGAUGUUACGUACAUUUGUAACGAGUAGAACGCGUGUAUUAAAAUAAGGGACAAACAAAUUAUAGUAUAAAAUUGUUUACCAGACGCCCCGUAUCGGGCGUUAGACGAAAAUAUUAUUUUUCUUAGAUCACAUUAUAUUGUAAUAAAAUGGUAUAGAAGUAUGCGUGCGGCUGUGCGUCGGGGCAGCGAUGCGCGCGCACAGAUUAAAAAAUGUUAUUUUUUUACGAGCGCGGCAACACGCCUCCCGGACGCAACGCAAGCACUCGUAUUUGUUAUGUUUAAGAGGAAAUAUCUAUUGUCUAUUCCAAGGGUUGAAUAACUACCAACACUUUUUUAUAUUACAAUAAUUAUAGAAAUUAUUAUUGA